AUGCUUGAAGUUAAUAAAUUAGGUCUAAAUUUUACACUGCUUAAAAUUGACAACUUCAAGUACUUGAAGUUGCCAACUUCAUGCAAGAGGCAACUUCAAGCAUAUAUUGUGAUUAAAGUUAAACUUGUGCUUGAAGUUAACUCUUAUAUAAAGUUGACAAAUUGGGAUUUUCUAGGCUUAUUUGAACUAGCUAUAGAUUUUUAA